GCGCUCGCCGAGGGGCUAAACAAGUUCCACACGGAGGAGGCGCAGCGCGGCUUCUUUGCCUUUGAAUGGACGGGGGCCUUCGAGUGCACUGAGAGCGCCGACAUCGUGAUGUGCGACCGCCUCUUUAUGACUCGGUGCAACGAGCUCGCCGAGCUCGCGCAGCAGUCGACAUCGCAGGACGCGCAGACCGAAGAGGCAGCGCUCCGCGAGCUCGGCCGCCUCGAGCUGCUGCCCCUCAAGGCCUUCGUCGUUGCCAUGCCUGACCAAGCCAACAACGCCGACACGCUGGUCAUCAACGACGGGCAGAUUCCCGUCGAGGUGCAGCCGGGUGGCGACCGCAACAGCCACCGCCACGGCGGGUCACGUGGACCUCGCCAACGCGGACAGCACGGAGAGCGUUGCUUUCCUCGCCGCACUCGCACGGUGGUUUGCGAGCGCUGGCAUCAGGCGUGUCCUCGCCGGAUGAGGUCUUUUGACCGCUCUUCCUCCUACGGGCUGCACUUCGCGGCGAUCGACCGCCACUCGGGGAGCUAUUUCAUUGGCUGGCUCUACUGGUUGUGGUACAUGCUGUUCCGCUGCCCAGCGAAGCUGUCUUCGGAGCAUGGCUGCAAGAUUAUGCAGGCGAUGCUGAAAGUCGAGGCGGCUGGAUUUACCCACUUUUUGGGCCGCCCCGGCUUCCAGCUGCACAACUUCUACGGCGCGUUCGGCACCAUGCUGGUUUUCCCGUAAGUAUCUUCAUUCGCUCGUGCCGCUUUGUAAAUGCUGUACUGUUCGCGUCUCUGUCUCUAAUGCCGUAUUGUCGCGCGCCGAGAUCCCCCGAUAACCAAUAAGCAUUUUUGACACG